GCUAGGGUUUCGUGACGAGCGGGGGCGGCAGUGGAGCUUUCGGCGCAGCGGCAUUGGCGAUUCUCGCGUCGGCAUCAUCGAUCCAGGCUCGCAUCUGUAAGCGCGCCUCGAAUUUUGGGAUAGGUUUUAGUGCUGCUACUCGGGAAGAAUCGUCCGAUUCCAACGCCUAGAUAGAUCGAGCUGCUGUACAGGGAGCCGAGGGAAUUCCAUUCCUUUCUGAUUUUCGCUUGCAUUCUUUCGUCCAUGGCGGGGCUGCUUGGCGGUGAUCCUGCUCAGUUGAAUUUGGAUGCCGGUGGCUCGUCGGCCAUUUUGCAAGGCAAACUCGAGGAGGCCGACCACUCCAGCACAAAUUGGUACUUUCCCAGGGAAGAACUUGACAGGACAUCGCCAUCGCUCCGUGAUGGAAUCGACUCGAGAAGAGAGACUUACUUUCGAAAGUCCUACUGUACUUUUUUACAGGACCUCGGCAUGCGACUAAAAGUCCCACAGGUGACUAUUGCCACCGCAAUUACAUUUUGUCAUCGUUUCUAUCUUCGGCAAUCCCAUGCAAGAAACGAUAGAUUUAUGAUUGCUACUGUGUGUAUGUUCUUGGCGGGGAAAGUGGAAGAAACCCCUCGCGUCUUGAAAGACGUAAUAUAUGUUUCUUAUACUCUUAGGAAUAAGAAGGACCCUUCUGCAAAUAAUCGGAUCAAGCAAAAGGAUUUGUACGAGGCACAAAAGCAGCUUGUGCUGUACGGGGAGCGCCUCGUCCUCACUACACUAGGAUUCGAUCUAAACGUUCACCAUCCAUACAGACCGCUGGUGGCCGCCAUAAAAAAGUUCAACGUCUCUCAACAUGCGCUGGCUCAAGUUGCGUGGAACUUUGUCAAUGAUGGGCUACGCACAUCGCUCUGCCUGCAGUUCAAGCCACACCACAUCGCCGCCGGUGCCAUUUUCCUGGCUGCAAAGUUUCUUAAGGUGAAGCUGCCGAUCGAUGGUGAGCGGGCUUGGUGGCAAGAGUUUGAUGUCACGCCUCGGCAACUGGAAGAAGUCAGCAAUCAAAUGCUGGAACUCUACGAGCAGAACAGGGCGGGACAAAACUCUCGCAGUGACGCGCUGGAAGAUCCAAACGCAAGCGACAGGAACGGGGUGGAGCCGGCAGCAAACGGCCACCUCCCGCCGGAGGAGCAGCGACGAGAAGCCGCCCUUCCACCACGCGAGGUGGAAAACAACAGAGAUGGCCACUACGAGAUGGAGCGGGCGCAAGCACGGCCAAAACAGGUACCCGAGACUCAGAAUGGUUACGACAGUAGAACCAGGGGGGAGGCCGGCGAUCGAAGAAGGGUGGCGGAUCAAACCGACACCGCCCGCGACGAAGUUCACCACAAAGACAUUGCGGACAGCAACUUGGAUGAUAGAGUGGAGAGAGUGCAACAACAACAACAGGAUUCCAGCAAGAGGAAACGAGAGAUGAUCGAGAAGAAGUGGUCCAAGCCCGAGGAAGGCGAGCUUCCUCCAAGCCGGGGCGAGGAUCAACAGCAACACUACCAUUCAUCGUCACGGCCGACUGGAGAGAAACGCUACGAUUCUAGCGACCGGGACUAUCGUAGCAGCCGAGAGUCUGGACAGGAUUAUCGCCACCAUAGCAGCGAUCACCACGGAAGUUAUCACUACCAGGGUGGCGGCGGCGAAAACCGGAGCCGGAAUCACUCCAAGGAUCGAGGAGAGUGGCAAGAGCGGGAUCAAAAGAAGAACCGGCACAAGUACUCGUGAAGAAAAAAGACGAGAAAAGGCUUAACUAGUACGAAAUGCUUCCGUGUUGUACGAUUCGGGGGUUUGGUACGGCAUCCGGUGUUUUGACUUGAAUUGGUGUCGUUGUCAACGGUGGUCUCGAGAUUUUCACCCCAUGUGAUCGACCGAGGUAAACAAAUAUUUUCCGUUGACGACGUUGACA